AUGUCUUCUUCACUCUCUGUUCCACUCCGCCCAUCGCGCAGCCUAUCUGGUAAAGUUGCCAUCGUUACAGGAGCAGGCAGCGCCGGGGAUGAGAUUGGCAACGGCAGAGCUAUCGCGAUCCUGUUAGCCGAAGAUGGUGCAUCUGUUGUAUGCGUGGACCGUGAGCUAUCAGCCGCGCAACGAACGGUGGAAAUGAUCAUUGGCGAAGGAAAGGGAGCCGCGACGGCUGUUAAUGGAGACGUUAGCAGCGAAGAUGACUGCCGGCGCAUUGUUGAGGUAGCUAUAGAACGGUUCAGUCGGCUCGACAUUCUAGUGAACAACGUCGGAAUCAUGGGCGCUCGUGGACAAGCACCGGACGUGGAUGUAGCUGAGUGGGCGCGCAGUCUCGAGGUCAAUGUCACGAGCAUGAUGCUCAUGGCCAAAUAUGCAAUUCCAGCCAUGCGAAAGAACGAGCCAGGAGACGGAAAUAUUAGGGGAAGCAUCGUGAAUAUGGGAUCGGUUGCUGGACUACAGGGAGGAACCCCGAGCCUCCUUUAUCCAACGAGUAAAGGAGCUGUAGUGAAUAUGACCCGGGCCAUGGCCGCUCAGCAUGGCCGCGAAGGAAUUAGAGUUAAUUGUGUUUGUCCCGGAAUGCUCUAUACGCCGAUGAUGUACCUCGCUGGCGGAGGAAUGGCUUCGGAGGUGAGGGAAGCUCGAUGCAAGCGCAGCCUGCUUCAAACAGAGGGAAACGCGUGGGAUUGUGCAGACAUCUCCAUCAUGGCCAGCAAAACUGACCAGGAUGGUCAAAUGUUUGAGCAAGUCGAAGAUGUCGAGCUCAAAUCAACAGUCCACAAUCCCAGAGCCAAUCUCGUACCCCGUCCAUCUGAGGACGAGGGUGACCCUCUCAACUGGCCCAUGAAGCUCAAGGUGCUGAUACUCAUUCAAGUAUGCUGGCUUGCAUUUCUGGGGACAUGGAAUACAGCUGCGAUUAACCCGGGGUAUUCUGCACUCGCCGAAGAUCUUGGAGUCUCGGAAAUCCAAGCCUCUUAUCAAACAACAAUUGCUGUGGCUCUCAAUGGUUUGGGUCCUUUCAUUUGGAUUCCCUUGGCCAAUGUAUUCGGUCGUCGCUUCGUCUAUCUGCUCACUACGUUUAUUGGAUUUGUCACUGCUCUGGGCUGUGGAUUUGUUCAUAGCUUUGGUGCCCUGGUUGGCAUUCGUGCUAUAAACGGACUUUUCCCAGUAUCUAUGGCUCUUGGUCCAGCCACUGUGACUGAUCUAUUUUUCUAUCACCAGCGCGGCCGAGCCCUUGGUCUGUUCACCGUCAUGCUGACAUCCGGCUCCCACCUGGCCGCUCUAUUCGGUGGGCCCGUUGUCAAGUUUCUUGGCUGGCGCUGGGUCUUUUGGAUUACUGCUGCCAUGAAUUUUUUCACUUUAGUCAUCCUAGUCGUCGCUUUACCUGAGACCAUGUACUACAAGCCCAGAACUUACUCUGACACCAACAUUCAUGCUCCCAAGCUCACGCGAGCCAAGUACCGUCAGCUACUUCGGCCUUGGACCUCGUUUCCCGGUGUCCGUCUUAAGGCCAAGCACGUUAUUAUACCGGCCUUCCGAAUAGCGCUAUAUCCUUCUGUGCUCUUCCCUAGCCUGUACUAUGCCUCGCAAUACUGCUUCGCGGCGAUCUUCCCUGCUGUCACCUACUCUAUCAUUUUGAAGCAGCGAUUUGGCUGGAACUCUUUCGAAAGCGGUCUGGCGUAUGGGGGGACUAUGACUAUUGGCUCUCUUGCUGGAGAGUUGCUUGCGGGCAGAAUUAUUGAUAACAUAAUUCGACGCGAGUCUAAGCGACUAGGUGUUAGCAAUCCGCCUCCAGAAGUACGAUUUAAAGGGUUAUGGACAGGCGCGAUUCUCGUGCCGGCGGGCUUGCUGAUUUUUGGCUUCACAAUGCAAUACAAAACGCAUUGGGUUGGUCCCCUAGCCGGAAUGUUCCUUGGUAUUUUUGGGAUCCAGAUCGUGGCGACCGUUUGCUACACAUAUAGCAUUGAUUCGUACCGAGUCGAAGGCUCCGAGGUUGCUCAAUUCUUUAAUUUCUGCCGACAAAGCACUAGUUGCACUAUUGCCUUUUAUGCGGUCCGACUAUGCGAGUCAAUUGGGUACCAAUUUGCGUUUUUGAUGUUUGCCCUCGUCGGCAGUGUCCUCGCCUUUGCUCCUGUGCUGUGGCUUAUGUGGAAAGGUGAAUAUAUUCGUGAGAAAUUGGGCAGGCCGACCGACGUGAGUGUGGCCGAGGAAAUUAUCUCAGAUUACAAUCUGGUCUAUCGCAACCGUACAAGAGAGUAG